AUGAGACUCUGCUUCAAUUACUUCUUCGCCUUUUUCUUGGCUGUCAUCGUCCUCGCUACGGACAAUGGCUUAACCACUCAAGUCACAUGGGACCCCUACAGUCUUAUGGUCAACGGAAAGCGGUUGUUCUUGUUCUCUGGCGAGUUUGCUUAUGAGCGAAUGCCUGUGCCAGAGCUGUGGUCCGACAUNUUUCAAAAGCUUAGAGCAAAUGGAUUCAAUGCAGUCAGCUUGUAUUUCUUCUGGUCCUACCAUUCUGCCUCUCGCGACGUCUUUGACUUCAAAUCCGGUGGCAAGGAUAUCCAGAGAGUCAUAGAUGCUGCUGCGGAGGCUGGUCUGUAG